AUGAAGAAGCCAUCUCGACAUUCAGACGACUCUGGUCCGUCAAACUAUCAGAAGCUACCAUCUAUAGCAGAGAUUAUUCAAGCUGAUCAGUACCGCGCAAGUCAUAGCUUAGGUACUCCACCAGCGUCUCCAUCACCUGGUCCAUCAUUCAUCAAGGAAGAGGAGGAUCAUCCACCCCAGCCAACUCGUCCCCUGUCGAACUUACCUCAUCGAUUUCGUGAUUCAUCCACCGAGAUUUCACUUCCUCGCGCAGGCAGCCUUGAUUUUAAUCAUCCUGCACAAGCCCGACACCAGCACGUUUUGGACCGUUACCCCGAUAACCAGACGUAUAAAGAGGCGUUGGGUCAAAUCAUGUCACUUUCUCAUACUAUCUACAAUUUUGCUCAGGCCAACCAGAGCACUGCCUUGCAACAGAACACAAUACCUGUGAAUCCUGUCAGGCUCCCUCGAGAGCAGGAGGUCAGUGAUAUGUUUAGAUAUCUGGAAAGGACCAAGCAAUUAUUGCAGCAAGUCGGUCCACCACAAACAUCUCUGGGGCUUCAACUGCCCAUUCCCAUGACGACACCGAUGAAUGCGUCGGCAGGAGGUUCAAGGCCAGAUCUGCCCGUGGUUCUUUCAACACGAUGUUGUAAGUGUAGUAGAUUUAUUGCUCGCGCAUCGCGACAGCGAUCGCAUAGGGGACAGGUCUUGUGCCGAGAUUGUACUUCUUAUCAAACGAGGCAGGAUGCUAAGCGAAGCUCUCGACGUGAUCGGGGUACAGAGUCCUUUGUAUAUGAUAUUCAUUGUUGUAUUAAGAGAUUGUCAAUUAGUUAA